CCGUGUGCUGCGGCCGGCUCCCGGAAGCGGCGGCGGAGCCAUGGCGGCGGACGGGCGGGUGGUGAUGGCGGAGCUGCAGCCGGAAGGGAGCGCGGAGGGCGGCGGCAGCAGCGAGCCGGAGGGCGGCUUUGGGCAKCUGCUGGAGGAGGAGGAGGAYGGAGAGGAUGCCGGCUAUGUGCUGUACAGGGACAGGAAGGAAUGGGCAGAUAUUGAACCUGUUCCUCAAAAUGAUGGUCCAAAUCCUGUUGUUCAGAUCAUCUACAGUGAAAAAUUUCGAGAUGUCUAYGAUUACUUCCGUGCUGUUCUGCAGCGGGAUGAGAGAAGCGAAAGAGCUUUCAAGCUAACAGCAGAUGCCAUUGAGUUAAAUGCUGCAAACUACACAGUAUGGCAUUUCCGGAGAGUCCUCCUGCAGUCCUUGGGAAAGGAUCUCCAUGAGGAACUUAAGUACAUUACAGCUAUCAUUGAAGAUCAGCCAAAAAACUACCAAGUCUGGCAUCACAGGCGGGUGCUGGUUGAGUGGCUGCAGGAUCCGUCCCGUGAACUUGAGUUCAUAGCUGACAUUCUUAACCAAGAUGCCAAAAAUUACCAUGCCUGGCAACACAGACAAUGGGUUAUUCAGGAGUUCAAAUUAUGGGACAAUGAACUGGACUAUGUAGACCAGCUUUUGAGAGAAGAUGUGAGAAACAACUCUGUUUGGAACCAACGACACUUUGUCAUUUUCAACACCACUGGCUAUGAUGACCCAGCAGUCUUAGACAGAGAAGUCCGGUACACUCUUGAAAUGAUCACAGCAGUGCCACAUAAUGAGAGUGCUUGGAACUAUUUGAAAGGGAUUCUACAGGAUCGUGGUCUUUCUAAGUAUCCCAAUCUGUUAGAGGAACUGUUGAAUUUACAGCCCAGUCAUAGUUCACCUUAUCUGAUUGCCUUUCUUGUGGACAUGUAUGAAGAUAUGCUAGAAAACCAGUGUGAUAACAAGGAAGAAACACUGAACAAGGCACUGGAGUUGUGUGAAAUUCUGGCUAAAGAAAAAGACACCAUCCGAAAAGAAUACUGGAGAUACAUUGGAAGGUCCCUGAAGAACAAGCACAGUUCAGGCACUGAGCAAAGCAGCACACUGACAGAUAAACAGCAGUAACUGAAGAUGGAAAAAAACAGUGUUAAGCUCUCAAGCUGUUCCAAAGCUGUACUAUGUAGGGUCAUCAACUAAUUUAAAAUCCAGUUGUACGUAUUGCAAUGAAAGAGGAGUGCAGACUGCUGCAUAAUCCUGAAUUGCUGCUGCUACUGGUGAUAGCUCUAGGUGCAGUCAAGAAAUGUAUUAAGGCUUAAUUACUGAAAUGUACCGAGUAAAGGUUUUAGUUCCUAACUAAAAAUACAUAAAGCUAUACUUACUAUAUUGGCAUUGCUCAGUUAACGGUUGGCCUUGAUCUUGGASAUUUUUUCCAACAUAAGUUACUCUGUGAUUCUGUGAAGCACUAAAACCAUUUCUCAUGUCCUGGCUUACCCACUUGUGGUUCCUGUGUCAUCAGUUGCUGCAGUAAUGACUGCAGGUAACUUAGCUAUAGGGGAUAUAAAGUAACCUGGUUAGUGCAAGGAGGCACUGCAGGCUGUAGCCUUAUGUGGGAGCAGCUGUGCAACWGUCAGCCUAAGCUGUCGUAUGCAACUAACACCAAGUGUAAUUUUGUAAUGAAAAUAGAUAACGUAGAGCAUUUGUCUGAAUUUUUUAGUGUCUUUCUUUUGGUCCUYGUAAGUGCAUAGUUUGUUCUUUUCAGAUGCUAAUAGCAAUAAAAUAAUCUGUUGUAGAAGUAUUGGAUUCUAUUUCAUUUGAGGCAUCUUUUGCACUGGAGUCUUCUUAUACUAGAAAUUUUCARUACACUUGAUAUAUUCAGUGGAGCCCUGAAUUUGUUAUCUGCAUAGACAGGAAAAAUGCUUUGAGGAUCCUAGGGGAUGUUUAUACAUUCAACAGAAAGGUGCAUCUACCCUGUUUUCAGUAAAUUGCUAUUGUAAACUAUGUUCUUAUAGAGUGCUUGUCUGAUGUGAAAUAUUUUAUUGGAAAUUAUCAUAAAGGGAACAAACAAAUGCUGGUAUUUAUUUCAUAAUAUGAUCAGUCUUUCUACACWAAUCAUUAAAAUGUGUUCCUGUGAUUAAACAAUAGUGGAGAUUGUUUUUUAACACUUGAAACACUUCAAUGCAUUCUUGAAAUUUAAAACAAGUCACAGGGAGUGGAAUCAAUAUAUGAAAGAUACAUAAUCUAGUAGUGGUUUUGCUGCUUUCUCAGCAGUAAACAUUUUUUUAGUGACACAUGAAUAUUCAAAACAGACUUCAAACUUUUGGAGAUUUAUUAGCUGGUUUUUUGUUGCGGUUUUGCAGGUUUUGGGAUUUUGUUGUUUGGUUAUUUUGUUUUUUGCUUUGGUUUGGGUUUGGGGUUUAUCUGGUUGGUUUUUUUAUUGUUUUGUUUGUUUUGGUUUGAGUUGGGUUUUUUGUUUGGGUUUUUUGGUGGGGUUGGUUGGUUCGUUGUUUUUGUUUGACACAUUUGGGGGAUUUUUAUCACAUUUGAAACUCCAGUACAAAACAAAAAGUGUAUGCUUCUACCCCUAUGAGUUUUUCCUAAUUGAAACUGUACUAAAUAUGGACUACUGAACAGCCAAGGUGUUCAAGGUUUUCAGGACAAAAUAAUGUAUUUGCCACUAUCAGUCAAGAAAGCUCAGAAAAAGAACAGUCAAAUGAAAUUCUUAAACAUMAUCAAUGAAGAGGGAACAGAAUUUUUCCUCUGCAUAUGUGUUAAUGCAUUCCUGUAUCUUUCAGAAAAUUUGGAGGAUGCUUGAAAUAAAGCAGAAUAUUCUUUAUAGACACUAGCAUAAAUUACAGCAAAAAAUAAGUCAUCCCAAGGCAAGAUUGAUGAGUGGCCACAGGGGCAUGUAUUUUGGGAUAUGAUCUCAGUCACUUGUGGGCUGAGGGAAGAGCUUAGAUUUAGCCAUUUAGACUUCAUAGUGGCAAGAAUAAAAACCCUUUUUUUUGGGAUAUGGUCAACCUAUGGCAGUACCKUCUCAUUUCUGAAAAUGAUAUCUAAAAGGAAUUAGCAAGAUUCUAACUAAGGCUGGUAGGGUUUUAUACUGGUUGUGCAAACUUAGUGGUCUGUGGAAAGAUAAUGCCACUUCUGAGCUCCACUUACCAAUAAAUAACCAGAUACAUAUUUUUAAUGAAAAAAUACCUUGUCUUAUGUUGUAACUGAACAAAUCAUGCAAAUCCUAAGGAAAAAAAUAUGCACAGGAGUUCAGUUUAAACACAGUAUCAACAAAAAAAAGUAACAGAAACGUUCUUUUCUUUCUAUGUUUAUAUCUUYAUAUACACAUAUGAAAUACAUAUAUGAAAUGUUCAGAUUUAAUGUCAUUUGGAUUGCAAGGAACCUUUCAAAUUCCCUUGCAAAAGCACCUCAGUUCUGUUCUAGUCAGCCAUACAAAAAUAGUGAGAUGUCAGAGCUGGAAAAAUGAUGGCUGCCCAGCUAGGUUGCAAGUUAGCUACCAAAACUUGAAUUUUAAUGUGUCCAAGACAAAAUCUUUCUCAUGGAAGAAGGAGCUUCASAAAAUGUAUGACCUGGAGAGAGAAGGGUCCUAGAGUAGGAAGUCAGAGAUGACUUUAACCUGUAGGCAGUGGUACUGACUACUUUAGAUAAGGGCAAACAUCACAGUGAUUUGUCACAAUAAGUUCAUCUGUACAAGAAAACUGUUCUUACUGAUUGUGUGUAGUGAUGUAACUCUUGUGUACAAUUUUAUUAUGGAARAGCUGUGCCUAAAUGGAAAACUACUGAAACAACUGUCCCUUGUAAUUCAGUGUAACUGGAAGAUUCAGUGAAGUAUGGAACUUUAUUAAUAAAGUGUGCGAAAUCAUAUCCUAUGCCUGCUUUCAUCAGAA